AGACAUUCUAUUCUGACUCGUGGGUAGACCGUGGGCAGAUCAUCAGUUAGAAUGAACAUUCGAGCGACAUUUCUUGCGGCCAUGAUUAUGUUUACGACCCACGAGACCGUGAAGGGCACCGACGAUGAAGACGACACUAUAGAGUGGGGAGGAACAAGCAACGACGAAUGCGAGAGUUCACAGCAGUGCAAUUCACAGGACACAAAGUGUUGCGUGAGAAACGGCGAACACAACACAUGUGAGCCGUUAAAUGAAAUUGGUAAACCAUGCUCCAACGCUAAAGCUCCUGACUAUGCCGACGUGUACCUUGGUCAUUGCCCCUGCAAGUUACCGUUUUUGUGCAAGGACAUGGGAGAGAAUAUCAGCAUAUGCGUAGCCCCUCCAGGCAAGAGAAAAUAAAGUUAUGUUUCCACAGAACUGAAAUAAAGUUCUUGUCAUGUCAUGUCAUGUUUCCACACGUUAUGUUAUUAACUAAGUUCAUUUCAUUUCUUUC